GGCACUGAGCCUCAGCCACGGCACGGGGCCUGUCACAGUAACUAGUCAUGCUGUGUGUAUCAUCCCUCGGUUGAGACUAUAAAAGCCCGAUCCUGCCUCAUCCCGACCACGACGCAACCCGCACCUCUCGCUCUAUUCACCACUUCACUAUGUCUCAGCCACCUCCGUACAGCAGCAAACCAUACAGCCCCAACCCUCCUCCCCGUGAGAACCCUGACCGACGACCUCUACCGCCGGGCUGGACGUCGCAGUGGGAUCCCAACUACAACGCAUGGUUCUAUGUGAAUACCCAGUCCGAUCCGCCAAGAUCAUCGUGGGUACACCCUCUCGGACCUCCUGGCUCGCCACGUCCUCAGGGCUUCGCGCCGCCGGCUGGUCCGCCACCACCCGAAACCCGCGGUUACAGCCCUGGGUACCAGGGUUCCCCGGCGCCUCAGCGGUAUGACGACUAUCGAGGAGGACCAUCUCCUGGCUAUGGAGGACCGUCUCCAGGCUAUGGUGGCCCGCCCCCGAGCAAUUACGCACCUGGCCCGGGCUACGGCGCCCCUGCUCGGGACACCCGAGGAUGGUUUGGCGGUGGCUCGCAGAUGGCAGCGCAGCCAGCAGUGGUCCAGCAGGCAGCUCCGAAGAAGAGCGGUAUGGGAAUGGGCACUGUCCUUGCAGCUGCAAUGCAGGAUGGCUAUGGAGGAGGGUACGAUGGUGGCCAGGACGAUUUCGGCGGUGGAGGCGACUUCUUCUAGGUCACGAGAGAGUGCAAGGUGAUCAGUAUAAGGGCCUCCGUUCCUUAUCUGUAUUGACGUG